AUGAGUACCCUCAGUUGGAACUGUCGUGGCUUGGGCAAUCCACGAACAGUUCGUGAGGUGGUGGACUUGGUGUCCCGUAAGAAGCCCGAGUUUGUUUUUCUCAUGGAAACCAAGGUGGGACGGAUUCAUGCAGAGCGACUCCGUGUCAAGCUUGGUUUUGAAGGAUUAUUUUAUGUUGAAAGUGUCGGUUUAAGUGGUGGUCUGGCCCUAUUCUGGAGGAGGAAUAAUACUGCAAGAUUAUUAAGUUUUUUAAGAAAUCAUGUGGAUGUGGAAGUGUCUAUCGUAGGACUGGGGGUUUGGAGGAUGACGGGUUUCUAUGGAUUCCCUGAACGUAGUAGAAGAAGUGCAUCGUGGGAUCUCUUACGAUCACUUGCGGGCAGGUCUGCUCUCCCUUGGGUGGUGAUAGGGGAUUUCAAUGAUCUCCUGUUCCAGGCUGAAAAACGGGGAGGGAAUCCACAUCCUGAUAAUCUGUUGCGAGGUUUUGGUGAGGUUGUGGAAGAGUGUGGUUUAGCUCAACUACCCAUGCAGGGCUAUCCGUUUACCUGGGAGAGGGGCAGGGGAACUUUGGAAUGGAUGGAGGAGAGGUUAGACAAGGUGCUUGCAGGGGCUGAUUGGUGUAACUUACUACCGGAGGCAAAUGUGACUAAUCUGCUUUCUCGCAAUUCUGAUCAUACCACUCUCUUUUUGGGAGUCAAGCAGGAGGUGCGAGUAAGCCGUAGAUUCCGCAGAUCCUUUAAGUUCGAGAUGGCCUGGGUCUAUGAUGAGGGGUGUCGAGGGCAAGUGGAAGAGGCGUGGGAGGAAGGGAGAGAGGCUGGCUUGUUGGCAUGUUUGCGACAUUGUGGAGACAGGCUUCUCCGUUGGGGAGGAGAUCACUUUCAUAAGUUUGGUGAUAAAAUAGCCAAGCUUCGGAAGAAUCAACUCCUUCUCAAGGGACUUCUGGAUCCCCACUCUAUCGGAGAAUACCAGCGUAUAGAGACUGAGUUGUGUCAGCUGGAGACGCAGGAGGAUGCCUUUUGGAGACAAAGGGCGAAGCAGCAUUGGUUACGUGGUGCAGAUGCCAAUACCAAAUUCUUCCACAGGUACGCCUCUGCACGAAAAAAGAAAAACACUCUUGCUAGAUUAAAGAAUGAGUUUGAUGUGUGGGUAGAGGGUGAUGGAUUGAAUGCUAUUGUGCUUGAUUACUUUCAUGAUAUUUUUGCAUCAAACAUUGCUUCUCCCGAUAUGGAUUCUUUUGCUGCUUCUAUUGCCCCUCGUAUUACUCCCGAACAGAAUGCUGCCCUGUUAAUGCCUUUUUGUGAAAGCGAGGUCAAAUCUGCUUUGUUCUCCAUGUUUCCUGACAAAGCCCCAAGACCCGAUGUCAUGAAUCCGGGUUUCUAUCAGCACUUUUGGGAUGUAGUGGGGUCUGAUGUGUUUGCUUUUGUGUUAAAAUGCCUGAAUGAGGGUACCUUCCCUGAGGGCCUUAACGACACUAACGUGGUGCUUAUUCCUAAAAAGAACAAUCCGGAGAAGGUGUCUGACUUACGCCCUAUAGCCCUUUGCAAUGUGUUGUACAAAAUCAUGGCCAAAAUGAUUGCAAACAGAAUGAAACCGCUGCUAGGAGACGUGAUCUCAGAUUCACAGAGUGCUUUUAUCCCUAACAGGCUCAUUACAGAUAAUAUUCUUAUUGCUGCAGAGGUGGGCCACUUUCUAAAUAGAAAGUAG